AAACGACAAGAGACUAGAUCAUUUCCGGGAUUGGUUCAUUCUAAUCGCGAGCCCUACCAGGAAAGAAGUCUCAGUUGACAGCGGUGUUCGGGUGCCGCAUACAUUUCAGAUAGUAGACAAAUGUCAACUAAGAGUAAAAACAGAUUUAAACGAGACGUGUUUUACUCMUUGCGACACUUGGGACGCACGCACACCGAACAGUAAAACGGUGAUAUGUGGUAGCAGGCAGCAGUAUGCCAUACGUGGACAGGCAGAACCGUGUGUGUGGCUUCCUGGACAUUGAGGAGAAGGAGGGCAGCAGUCGCUUCCAGAGACGCUACUUCAUACUGGACACACAGGGCAACACACUGCAGUGGUACAUGGACAACCCCCAGAACCUGCCUAGUGGAGCGAACGCAGUUGGGAUUCUGCAGCUGACAUACAUCUCCAAGGUGAGCGAGGCCACGGGGAAACAGAAGUCCAAGACUGAGUUCUGCUUUGUGAUCAAUGCCGUGUCUCGGCGUUAUUUCCUCCAUGCCAACGAUGCUGCUGACCUGAAAGACUGGGUCCUCGCUCUGAACAAAGCUACCAAGAUCACUGUCCCUAAAGCAGGGCCUCUCCAGCACAGAUCAGAGGUUUCUACAGUAACCGGUGAGGCAGGGGGUAAGAGGCUGGCCUACAAGACUGAGAUCAUCGGGGGAGUGGUGGUGCACACACCCAUCUACCAGAAUGAGGGGGAGGAAAUGGAGGUAGGGGACAGGAGGGUCUCCUCUGUAGGCAGUAGACCAGGUGUACUGAGGUGUGGCUAUUGUGUCAAACAGGGUAACGUGAGGAAAAGCUGGAAGAGACGUUUCUUCACACUGGACCACAACGCUGUCAGUUACUACAAGUGUGAAAUGGAUAAGGAGCCUCUGAGAGCUGUUCCUCUGAGAGACAUUCAGAAGGUCCAUGAGUGUCUGGUGAAAUCUGGGGACCUGCUGAUGAGAGAUAACCUGUUUGAGAUCAUCACCAGCUCCAGGGUCUUCUACGUCCAGACAGACACUCCAGAGGACAUGCAGGGCUGGAUCAGAGACAUUGAGUUGAAGAUACAGGACUUCAGAGGCUCUGCCAAGGGUUCUGCAUUUACGUUUGCCUCCUCUCUGUAUCGCCAUGGUAACACCUCCCACCGUGGUCGCCAGGGAGAUGACAGGAGACCCCCACUAGUGAAGUCGUGUUCCGUGGCCCCGGGGUGGCAGCCCUGGACCCCUGUACCCCAAAGAGAGGCUCCCGCUCUGGGCACACUGGACAAGGACAGUCCCUUUAGCAAUCUGCCCUCCAGUCUUUCCUCUCGCUCCACCUCUUCCUCCACCUCCUCAUCUUCAUCCUCCCCCUCCACACCCACUCUCAUCCCACAGGGGGUCCCAGCUCCAGCCCUAGCCAGUGGUGUGGGGGUCCCAGCCUGCCCUGGCCCCAUAGCUCCAGACCCCUCCAGCAGCCGGAGGAGACACCGCUCUCAGCCUCAGCCCCCCAAAGACCGCAGCUUCCCUUUCAGCCUGGACGAUGAUGGCAUCCGCACCACCGACGUCUAGAACCAACCACGUCUAAAAUCAACCACUUCUAGAAUCAACAAAACUCUGCAUCCAACAAUAUAUAGAACCACCAUCUAGAACCAAUGUGUAGACAAACAAUGACACUUGUUUGAGUGCUUUCUACCGUUGAAAGACUGAACCUCCCUCCCCCACCCCCUUCUCCUCUGCUCUAAGAGUUUCACAGGCCUGCUGCUGAAGCUACGUCUGCUGUGGGUCUGUUUGCUGAAGUAGCCCUGGUGGGGGAGGGUAGUGAUGUAAACUGUGGUUCCUUGAUGCGUUCUCUCACUGAGGGGUGUGUCAGUAGUGGCUGUGGGCUUUUUGUAUAGAGGGUGACUCAGAGAGAGCAGUGUUGGGCAGACUGGGAGGGGUUAUCAGUAUUAGAGUGUCUGGUGGAAUGUGAAGGAUAUGUUAUAUUUUAUUGUACGAUUUCCUCUUUAAACUUGAAUGUAGUCCACCCAGGUACUGAGAUGAAGGAAGGUGGAUGCUGUGGUGGAGCCUGGUCUGUCUACCGAACACCCUCCACUAGUAUAAGUCAGCUGGUCUUUUGCUUGUAUUAACCAAGGUUAUGUCCCAAUUGGCACCCACUAUGGGUCCUGGUCAAAAGUAGUACACUAUAUAAUGAAUAUGGUGCCACUGCCAAUUGGGACCGAACCCAAGGGUCCCAUUCAAUCAAUAACCUGGUCAUGGAACAUGUUAGUGUCCGUGGCUCUGCCUGUCGGUAGACAGUCCUGUUCCCUUGUUAGACUGCAUCCAAUUGCGUCAAAUCGCUACAUCAGCAGCACAUUUUGUAUAUAUGCUUUUAGCGUAUUUCUGCAUGUUCUUCCACAAACGGGAUUCUCUUGCUCAAAUGCAAAUGAUCUACUAUGGUAAUGUGUCACGUCACAUGUUGUGUUUUGCCUGCCUGCACCUCACCGACCCAGGUCCAGGUGUGCUUUUCCCUUCUCUUUAAACUUAACCUGUCAUGUUUCUGAUUCUUUAUACAUAGACUCCUGUUGUAAAUCACAAACAUCAAUAUCUGCUUUGUGUGUGUGCUGUGUGUGUGUGUUGUGUGUGUGUGUGUGUGUGUG